CACCCUUGGGAGAGGUGUUCAAUUCACCGGGCAAACUGAGAACAGAUAGGAGAAAGAAGUAAGCGAAAUGGCAGCAGUGAGGAGAAUGAAGCUAGGUUCACAGGGACUGGAAGUUUCGGCGCAAGGACUGGGAUGCAUGGGAAUGUCCGCCUUCUAUGGGCCGCCGAAGCCGGAGGAAGAGAUGGUGGCUCUAAUCCACCACGCAGUCAACAGUGGCAUCACUUUCCUCGAUACCUCUGACGUUUACGGUCCACACACCAACGAAAUUCUUCUCUCAAAGGCGUUGAAAGAUGGGGUGAGGGGGCGGAUUGAAUUAGCAACUAAAUUUGGAAUCGACUUUACCGACGGCAAAAGAGAGAUUCGGGGCGAUCCGGCGUACGUGAGAGCUGCUUGCGAGGGAAGCUUGAAGAGACUUGGAGUUGGUUGCAUUGAUCUUUAUUACCAGCAUCGUGUUGACACCCGUGUCCCCAUUGAAAUCACGAUGAGAGAACUCAAGAAACUAGUUGAAGAAGGCAAAAUAAAGUACAUAGGCUUAUCUGAAGCCUCUGCUUCAACAAUCAGAAGGGCGCAUGCUGUUCAUCCCAUCACUGCAGUCCAGUUGGAGUGGUCCUUGUGGUCGCGAGAUGUGGAGGAAGACAUAGUUCCUACCUGCAGGGAACUGGGGAUCGGUAUUGUUGCAUACAGUCCACUAGGACGGGGAUUCUUUUCAUUGGGACCCAAGUUGACCGAACAGCUCGCAGAUAACGACUUUAGAAAGCAUCUACCUAGGUUCCAAAAGGAAAAUCUGGAACAUAAUAAAAAACUUUUUGACCGAGUUAAUGAAAUAGCAGCAAAGAAGGGAUGUACACCAUCGCAGCUAGCACUGGCAUGGGUUCACCACCAAGGAGACGAUGUAUGUCCUAUACCUGGAACCACCAAGAUUGCAAACCUGAACCAGAACAUGGGAGCUUUGUCAGUGAAACUGACUCCUGAAGAGAUGGCUGAACUUGAAUUCAUUGCUUCAGCUGAUGGGGUCAAGGGUGAUAGAUAUAUGUCCAACUUUGCUACGUACGAGAAUUCCGAAACUCCUCCCCUGUCUUCAUGGAAAGCUGAAUAAGCCAACACAUUCUCUUAUAAAUGGUUUGUAAUGUCUUUUCCUUCUUAUAUGAAAUGGGCAUAUCUUUGAAAUAUAUUUUGCUUGUGCUUUGUUCCAGUAGCAUGGUAAGAGAGGACAUUUGCCAUGCCUUACCAUGUUGUGCGUGUAAUAUUUACAGAGUUUGUUUUACAUAAUAAAGCAUUAAUUAUGCUUGGAGCUCUA